CUCUCUCUCUCUCUCUCUCUCUCUCUCUCUCUCUCUCUCUCUCUCUCUCUCUCUCUCUCUCUCUCUCUCUCUCUCUCUCUCUCUCUCUCUCUCUCUCUCUCUCUCUCUCUCUCUCUCUCUCUCUCUCUCUCUCUCUCUCUCGGUGGGUAGUUAGCGAUCGCUGUAUGCGCCAACAAAUAAUAAUGGACUUAUACACGUCAUAUUUUAUUGUUCUUUCCUUGCUAAGCAAUGACAGCAUGGAGAACUAUCGGCUGGCUGGCUAGUUGGCUGGAUGAAUGGAUGACUGGAUGGGUAGCUGAAUAGAUGGAUGACUGGUUGGAUGGUUGAAUGGCUGGAUGCCUAGAUGGAUGGAUGGAUGAAUGGUUGACUGGCUGGCAUACUGGUAUACUGGCUGGAUGGAUGGAUGAUUGGAUGGAUGGACGGACGGCCGACUAGCUGGUUGACUGGAUGGAUGGAUGGUUGGAUAGCUGGUUGGACGGAUGGAUGAAUGACUGACUGGCUGGAUGGAUGGAUAGGUGGAUGGAUGGCUGGCUAGCUCUAUGGAUGGGUGGAUGGAUAGGUGGAUAGAUGUCUGGUUGGCAGGCUGGUUGGAUGAAUUAUUGGUUGGCUGACUGACUGGCUGGUUGGAUGGAUAGAUGGAUUAAUUACUGCAGGAUGAAUUACUGGCUGGAUGGAUGGAUAGAUUAAUGUUUGGGAUGUCGACAGUGCAAGUCUGUUCAUAUAUUUGUUGGACUAGAUGUCAAAGGUCACAAGGGGAUGAACUACGUAGUUAGAUUCUGACAUUUGUUUUCAUUAAGAAGUAAGAUACAAAUAAAGAAAAACCCACAGAUUAUGCAAGACUAUUUUCAAAUGCCACAGAGAUAAUUAACCGAGUUUUCAACACUGUUUCUCCUUUUAAUUUAUGAAAAGUGGUAUCAGGGAAGCUUCGGUGGUGAUCUUUUUUGAGCGAGGGCACAGUAUUUAAAUGUGAAUGCAAGAAGUUACAGAUGGUCUGAGUUCUGCAACAAAGUGUGCCAGAUGUGUGACAUGGGAGAGAAUGAGACGGCAGAGCAUGUGAUGUUGGAGUGUGUGAGGUAUGCCAGAAACAGGGGUGAGACGAAUGAAAGGAUUAUUGAGGUUGUGAAAGUGUUUCUGGAGAAAAUGUAGUGUGCUAGACUUAAGAACUAGGGGUACAAAAGAUACUGUUUGUUUUUCUGUUUGCCCUUUCUUUCCCUCCUACAGGAGCUGCCUAUACAAAGGCCUGGCUUAGGAGUAAUCCUGGAUUCCUAAGCCACCUAUAGAAUAAAUAUUAAGAUCAAGAUCACCAUCAUCACUUUUAGGAGUAAGAAUGAGUUGAAAAACUCCAGACCAAUUGCAUUAAUGAGUACAAUAGGUAAAAUUUUCAAUGCAUUGUUGGAUGAGAGACUGUGUAAAUGGAUUGAGAGAGCUGGAGUGCUGAGUGAAGAACAGAAUGGAUUUCGUGUGGAUAGGAGAGCUGAGGACAAUAUGUUUGUGGUGAAUGAAAUUAUUGAGAAGAAAAAGAAGGAUGGGAGUAAAUUGUACCUAGGUUUUCUGGAUAUAGAGAAAGCUUAUGAUAGAGUGAACAGAGAAAUGCUAGGUAGAGUCUUAGAAAAGAUUGGAUUGAGUGCAAAGAUAGUUAGCAUAGUGCAAAGUAUCUAUGUGGACACAAGAGCUAGAUACAGACUAGGAGACAGAAACAGACUGGGUGAAGAGUGAGAGAGGAGUUAGGCAAGGCUGUAUAUUGUCACCAACCCUUUUUGGCCUGUGUACAGAGGAGUUAGCAGCUAGAAUGAGAAGAAUGAAUGUAGAGGUAAGUGUGGGGAAUGAUAAAGUAUGUGUGCUUCUUUAUGCAGAUGUAGUUGUUAUGAGUGAAGCGGCAGAUGAGCUUCAAAAUUUGUUGGAUGUUGUGGAUGGGUAUGGAAAAGACUGGAGUAAGGUUUAGCAUUGAGAAAAGCAAGGUAAUGAUUGUGAAUAGGUAAGAGGAUGAAAGUAAUGUGGUAUGGAGACUUGGAGAGAAUGAGUUGAAACAGGUGCAAAAAUACAAGUACUUAGGGAUGUGGAUGAGUCCUAGUGGGUGUGCAAAGGCAAAGAAUGAAAAGAUAAGUAUGGUAAACCAGUUGGUAGGUCGACUGGGAAGCGCGGCAAGGAUGAGAGCGAGUAUGAUGUGUUGAGAGAAGUGUGGAAGAGUGUGGCUGUGCCAAGUAUAAUGCAUGGUAUGGAUGUGAUUGCAUGGAAUGAAAGUGAAAUUAAUAAGUUAGAAGUGGGCCAGAAUAGAGUAGCAAGGAUGGCACUGAGUGCACCGAGGUACACAGCAGUAGAAGCCUUGAGAGAUGAUAUGGGAUGGAGCACCUUUAGGGAAAGACUCACAAAAGCCACGCUUAGGUACAAGAUUAGGGUUGAGAGAAUGGAGGACGCAAGAAUAGCAAGGAAGGUGUACCUGUGGAAUGAAAGUGGAAGCAAAUGGAGGAAGAGGUACAUGAGAUUGACAGACAAGAAUGGAUUGCAAGUUGUGUGGGCGAUAAGAAUGGCUGGGAGGAAUCAAAAUGAGCGUGAAUGGGUGGUAACAAGAGGGUGCAGAGUGGGAGCUGAAUGGGAUGUGAGAAAAUGGAAGAAUGAGAUAGACAAAGAAGUGAAAUGUGUGGGACUGAAUGAAUGGAAGAAUGAGGUGAAAAGAAAGAAGACCCUGGAAUGGUACAAGGAGAAAGAGGCCCCGAAGUAUGAAAGGUGGUAUGAUGAAAGCCUGGGCGGUAAUCUCCUCUUCCGAGCGAGGGCACAGUGUAUGGAUGUGAAUGCAAGGAGUUACAGGUGGUCUGAGUCCGGCAGCAAAGUGUGCCAGAUGUGUGACAUGGGAGAGGAUGAGACGGUGGAACAUGUGGUGCUGGAGUGAGUGAAGUAUGCCAGAGACAGGAAUGAGAUGAUGCAAGUGAUACUGACUGAGUUAGGGCAUGAUAGGAAUGAAAGAGUGGAGAAGACAGGAAAGGAAUAGAUGGUGUUGUUGCUGGGACUGUGUAGAGAGGCGAAUGAAAGGAUGAUUGAGGUGUUGAAAGAGUUUCUGGAGAGAAUGUGGCGUGCCAGAUGUAUGAACAAUUAGGAUAGAGGAUGCUGUUCGUUUCUCUUUUUUUUUUUUUCCCUUCUACAGGAGUUGCCGAUCCAAAGGACUGGCUCAGGAGUGAUCCUGUGCCACCUGUACCGUCGAGAUCAAGAUCAAAAUCAUAGUCAAGCAGCCAAGCAGUAAUCUCCUCCCUUUCAUUUGUGUGUGUGUGUGUGUGUGUGUGUGCGGCUGUCUUGACCUGACUGGAUAGUGCAGCACUCCUCCCGCCUCCCACCAGCACCAGCAGGCAGGGGUAGGCGGCAGGGAGGGAGGCAGGCGGCAGAACAACAGGUGGCUCAAGCUUUGGAAAGGAGGAAAGAGUUGGCCAGCAUUGCAGCAGGCAGUUAUUCCAGCACUACCACCACCACCAGUGAGCGUGGCCCAUAACAGCAGCAGUUCACAACUCCAGUUGGCUGCACACUUCACCUGCUUGCCCACCCAGACUGUUGUAAAGGAGUUGUUGGUGUUCACUUGGAAGAAUGAUGUGGUCUGUGAUAAAGUGGCCCACUUUGCUGCUCAGUGUGUAGUGUGUCAGAAGGGGUCAUUGCCCCAAGUGUGUUCCACAUCACAUGUGGAGCCACCACACUUGACAGUGAGUUGUGUGUGUGUGUGUGUGUGGUGUGUGUGUGUGUGUGUGUGUGUGUGUGUGUGUGUGUGUGUGUGUGUGUGUGUGUGUGACUGUGUGUAAGCAUAGGUGGAGGCCAGGAUGGAGGAAACCAGGAGAUUUGUGUGUGAUGAGUGUGGGGAAAUCCUGAACAGCAGCAGCAGGCAUGUGCAGCAUUCUCUGUCGCACCGAGGAGUGACUGUCUUCUGUUGUGAAAAGUGUGAGGAAGUGUUCUUGAGUGAGAGCAAGCUGAACCAACACUUGGACAAGCACAAAACUCCUAAAAAUUAUGAAUGUGAGGAGUGUAAUAAACGAUUCUACAGAAAGAUUGAUCUCAGAGCACAUAAAUUAUUGCAUUUAGGAGUGAAAGAAUAUAAAUGUGAAAUAUGUGGAAAGGAGUUUUCAACAAGGGCGUGCUUCCUGCAACAUGGCAAGGUGCAUUCUGACGUGAGAGAGUAUGAGUGUGAACUGUGCGGCUUUCAGUUCAAAUGGAGGAAUAACCUCAGGCGACACUUGAAACGUCAUGGCCAGAAGAAGAAAAUGGUAAGACAUAUUUGCACUGUAUGUGGGAAAUAUUUCAGUAUUAAGCCUCUCCUCAUCCACCACAUGAGGACCUGCCAUGACAGUGCCUCAAAGGAGGUUGUCCACACUGCACCAAAACAGACCAACACCAUUACUCCCAAGAAGGUUGUCAAGAACACCAAACGCAAGGUGUCCUCUGGCUCCAAUAUUUCACGGAAGAGGUUCAAGUGUGACGAGUGUGGGAAAGGAUUUGUGAACAAGAAGAGCAUGCUGCAGCACUCUAGGGUGCAUUCUGAUGUGAAGGAAUUUGAGUGUAUUUGGUGUGGCAUUCAGUUUAGGUGGAGAUCUAACCUUCUGAGACACAUAAAAAUUCACACACUUGAUAAGAAACACAAGUGUCAUAAAUGUGGCAAAGGUUUUUCUCGCAAGAGUCAUCUUGCCCAACACUUUAGCAGGCAUCACCCUGGCAUGAAGAAGAGACUUUGAUAGGAACACUGUGGGUGUGGUUGUAAUGCACUGUACACCCUCAUGGAUUCAUUGUACAAACAUAUAGUAAGUAGCACUAAGGAAAUAGGCACAUGAAAUAUGAUAAAUUUGGACUUUUAUUUAAAAAACAGUCUUACCACCCGGCAAGUGGGGAAUGCUCAUGUGGAAAUUAGGGACUGUAAAGUUUUAGUUGUGGUGCUGUGUCACUAAACCACCAACACUCAUGUCGUGUGGCAUUGUGUCACUGACCUACCAACACUUGUGUAAUGUUAGAGGCAAAAGUGAUUAAUAAUGGCCAGGUUAUUCAAGGCAUGAGAUGUCACAAGACAUGUAUAUAUCUAAUUCUUUGUGCUAAUGUUGUUGCAUUCACAUAAACCAGCUAUGUCUUGUACUGUACCAGAUAUUUUUGUGAUAUGAGUAUCUUUACAGCUUUAAAAAUAAAGAUGCAUAUGAGAGAGAGAGAGAGAGAGAGAGAUGAGAUAGUAGAAUAAAGCCAUGGACAGUUACACACCUUAAAA